AUGCCUCAAAAUACUAUUGCACUGACUCCUGGUGUCGUGCUUGGCUAUCCUGAGGUUCAGGAGAAAUGGCCGAGGAACCCCGAAGAUCUAGCUGUCAGCGACAUUGACACCGGCGUUUUGAUCAAUGAAUUGUCCAAUAUUAAACUUUUGCCGGGGAAGGUCAAAGUCCUCGAGCAAAACCCGGAGAUUAUGCAAACGAAAACCUAUGAAAAACCCCCUCCGAUUGAGAAAGGAACAUAUCGGGGGACGCAACUGGCGCUCACUAAGAUUUAUAACCUUAUAGAACAGCGUUCCUUCAUGGAUGUAGCCAAUUUCGAGCCUUUGGUUCCAUCGCCCCUGACCAAGGACCAGAAACGCAAAUUCUUUGCAUUCACAGAUGGCUCAGACGGUUACCCGCCCCAUCUUAACCUUGCCGGCAAUGUGGAAGCAGCGAAAAAGGACAAAAGCAACCAGAGAUCCACACUUCAACCGUCCGAGAUUUUUGACAAGAUGCGCCUUUGGCAGCUAAGCUCUCUCUUACCUAGCAUUGUGCCAAGUAGAUUUAAAAGAGGGGUUGCUAGGUUGACUGCAAGAGGUUGGUUUGGCUCCAUGGGCAGACCAGACGCAGGAGAAAAGCUCGAAGAUGUGGAGAAUUAUAACAGGAGGGCUCGCGGAUGGUAUUUCGGUAAAGAUAUAUUCGACCUCCCCAACGUGGGCGAUUUGGCAGAUUGGUACAGCGAUGCCCGGUUUGCCCAGCAGCACUUUACAGGCACGAAUCCUACAACAAUUGAACGGGCUUCAGAUCGUUGGUUAGAGCACUUUAUCACAGCCGCAGAAGCACCAGAGGACGCCCCGGCUAAGGAGAUUAUCACCGAUCUCCGUAACAGCUGCCGAGGGUCUUUGUACAUGCAGGAUUACAGCUACUUCCGCGAGGCUGCUGGGCUGGACCCGACUGCUGUCAUCAAAUGCGAGUUUGAUGAAGCAGGCAAAAAAAGCUACCGCUAUGGUUGUGCUUCGGUGUGUCUCUUUUAUCUCAAUGACAAAGGCCAGCUUUACCCUCUGGCUAUUGUCAUCGACUGGCGGGGCAGUGCUGAGACAUCUGUGACCAUCUACAACCGGGAAUUGAUCAAGCGGAAGGAUCUCCGGUCAGGAAGCGAAAAGCAGGACCAGAAACAGAAGAUAACCGACGAGGCUCAUGACUGGCCUUGGAGAUAUGCCAAGACCUGUGUACAGUGUAGCGACUGGCUUCGGCAUGAAGUCACCGUGCACCUUACGAACACCCAUAUGAUUGAAGAGGCCAUUAUUGUUGCCUCGCACCGACAACUCGACCCAGACCACCCGGUGAUGCUGUUGCUCUAUCCGCAUUGGCAAAAGACCCUGGCACUCAAUGCGGCUGCCCGAAACACUCUGGUUCCCCAUGUCAUUGUCGAUUUAAUCGGGCUUCAGGCAAGUGAAGGCUUUGCAUUUAUCCGGCACGCGUACAAGAACUUUGACUUCAAGGGACGCUACGUACCGACAGAUCUUCGCCAGCGCGGGUUCCCUCCUGAGGAACUCGACGGUCCCAAGUUUCACAACUACGCCUACGCCAGAUGUAUCAACAGCAUGUGGCAUAAGAUCAGGACAUACGUGCAAGACAUGUUUGCUCUACUCUACCCCGGAACUAAUGCCAACGAGAAAAUCCUGAAUGACCAAUGCAUUCAGUCCUGGUCUAACGAGAUGCGCAGUCCCGAUGGUGCCGGUUUGCCCUCGUUCCCGACCAUCAGCACGUUUGAAGAGCUGGUUGACUGUGUGACCAUGUGUAUCCACAUCGCAUCCCCCCAGCAUACGGCUGUCAAUUAUCUACAAAAUUAUUACCAGUCAUUUGUGGUCAACAAACCUCCCUGCCUGUACGCCGAGCCUCCAACCUCUCUACAGGCCCUCCUUGGCUACACCGAGAAAGAGCUUGUUGAGGCGCUGCCUAUGAACCACCCUCGGGAAUGGCUUCUUUCGUCACAUAUACCGUACCUACUCAGCUUCAAGCCGGGUAAUAAAGAAAGUCUGAUUGUCUACGCUGCAUCUAAGUUUCGCGUGUAUCACAACAAAACGACAGAGAAGGACCAGGCCAUCGCAGUAGCGACCGGAAAGUUCUAUACCGCACUCGCUGAAAGCCAAGAAGAAUUCAAACGUUACGGACAGGCAACGGAUGAUUGGGAAACCAUCGAGUACGAGGUGCUGAGCCCAGAGUGGAAUGCAGUGUCAAUCUUGAUUUAG